AUGGAGGAGUCUCGCCCACUUGGUCCAGGCGACGACAUGAGCGACAAAGACGAGGCGCGGGGGCGGUGUGGAGGCGACUGGGCGCUGGAGGACCAGCGUCGUUGGACUGGGCGCCAGGAGAGGGGGGCGCGGCGCGCGCUCUCGGAAAGCCCGUGCGUGGUGCUCGGCGGCGGGCGUCUUCUGGCCGUGCCGCUGGGGUUGUGCCACGGGCUCUGGAAGCGCGCCCCCGACGACUUCUGCCUGCGUGCCUCUGGGUGCCGCGUGAUCGUGGAGGUGCUGCAGGAGAGCCUCGGGGGCCUGGGCGAGCCGCGCCCGAGCGGCUCGGCGACGGUGGAGGUCGAGGAUCUGCUGGAGGGUGUGCUGGACACCUUGCGGUACUGGGCACAGGGGCCGGAGAUCGCGCUUGAGCUCCGUUGCGGAGAGGAGCGCUGCGGCACCGUCACCGUGCGCGCCUCGCUGCGCCGCUCGGACGCCGCGGAGCCCCGCGCGUGCGCGCCGCGGGGAUGGCCACCGCCACGGCCACCGCCACGGUCACCACCACCACCGCCUCUCCGUCGGGCACGGCGGCGCGGUGUCGUCCGACUGCUCCACGUCCCUCGGAGGCGCCCGCAGGGAGAGCAACGACGCCUCGUCCGCCGCCUCGUCCAGCUCGGGUUCCGACCUG